GAGGAGUCGCAUCAGUGAGCUGAUGUGGACUUCUUUCCUUCAGUCAGUGAGGAAGACAGUGCAGUUCAGCUACUGGACCUCAGGAGCAACACGAAACCUACCGGACAACCUCUCGGACUCCACGAUGACUCGUAUAGCCGCCUUCCUCGCUCUGCUCGUGGUCGCCUGCUCCGGAGAGACCUGCACAGACCCAGCGAUCACCCCGUCGGCCUACACCACCUCUGACGCCGUCAUCUCCUCUGAGUCGGUCUUCAUCGUGGAACUCAGCCUGGCCUGUGCCAACGGAGCACAGAGUGUGACUCUGUAUGCUGAUGUGAAUGGAAGACAGUUCCCUGUGACUAGAGGCCAGGAUGUUGGCAAGUACCAGGUGUCCUGGAGUCUUCCUCACAAACAGGCCAGGUCUGGAACAUAUCAGGUUAAAUUCUUUGAUGAGGAGUCCUACAGUGCCCUGCGCAAGGCCCAGAGAAACAACGAAGAUGUAAAUGCCAUUGAGCCUCUCUUCUCUGUCAACAUUGACCACAGGGGUGCGUGGAAUGGCCCGUGGGUGGCUACAGAGGUGGUGGCUGCCCUCAUGGGUAUCCUGGUCUACUACCUGGCCUUCACUGCUAAGAACACCAUCCAGGCAUAAAUGAUUCAUGAUCACUGGAUUGUUAAAGACUGAAUUCUGGUGGAUCUCGACCAACGAUCCGUCUUCCGUUGUUGUGGCGAGCCAAUAGGAUUUUGCCACUUGAUCUGCUUUGGGACAAGGAGCAAGAGCAGCAGUCUUUAUAUUUUUUUAAAUUCAGACUGUCUGAAUGCCAUCAGUCUUAUCAAUUUUUCAUAUGAAUUUCGGCACAAGUUUGUCCUGUCAACAAGGGAUGGAGUUUUGUAACUUUUUUUUUUUUUUUUUUUUUUUUAUAAAACCAAACUAUAAAUCUGGACCACAGAAAUAAACAAAACAGAUAAUGUGCUGUAUUGAGUUCUGCUUAAAACCUCUUGCUACGUUUUGAUCAGAUUAUCUUUUGUCCUUCUGUGUUGAUGCACUGGCAGGAGUGGGACUUGUAUAGACGUGCUGAACACCAACGAAGAGCUGUCAAGACCUCAAAGCAUAUGAAAUGUCAAUAAUGUGACUGCACUGGCUGGCCUGAACAGGUCUAGUGUAUAUGUCUCUUCAAGUUAAUUCAAUAAAUGGCUUGCUUUUUUUUUUUUA